UCGGGGCUCUUUAGCGGGCCCCGAACCCCACGCUGUAAUUUUUUGACCCACUUUUUGGGAGACACAACAUUUUUUUUUUGCCCCCAAAAAAUUGUGUUCUGGAUCCGCCCUUGAAUUAAUGCACAAAUACAACAGACCUCAUUAAUGUACCAAUAGACCGUGUUUAUAUAUAUCGAUAAGUCAAUUUCGUAAGAUUGUAGAUAUCUUUACAAUAAAGUUGUCAAGAAACGGAUGGCCGAAAACAUUUUCAUUGCCGACCGGUGAAUUUCUGUCGAGACUGCAUUUGCGAUGAAGAAGAAAUGCAAGAUCCCACUGAUCGAUCUACGGAUGUUCAAGUUGUUUGAUAUGGAGCUAGACGAGAUCAAGAAACGGAAGACAAGCUUGUCAAGUGCGGGACCCCUGAACAACAAGAAAGAAACACAAUUAACUAGGUACAUAAAAACAGACAAAAACAACACGUGAACAGCAAAUUUACACAAUUUACAGGGUAUAUAACAACAAACAAAAUGUAACAAACGUAAAAAAAUAAACUGAAUGUCAAAAGACGAUGAACUUGACAAAAUGAAUGCAAAUAUCGCACAUUGGAAUUGUGAAUGGGUUUACUGACACGGUCUACAAAGGCUUGAGACAAGUCUACUACGUACGUGCUAAGGGUCACGGUUCAGAAAGUUCGCCGUACACACAAACCACGUACACCGGCGUACGACAGAACAAUUUUGACGAAAACAAACGUUGCAGCAGUGAAGUUCAAUGCGUGCUGUCCAACGGUCAGACAUGUUUGUUUACUCUUGGGGCAGUAGGUGGAAUUCGUGUACUGUACUAUACCAUACACUUAUUACAAUGUAUGGCGUUGUCGUGACGUAAAAGAGCAGAUCCUAGACUCGGAAAGUAUAGGGUUGUGUACAAUAUCAACAUGGCAUCGGAACCAGUCUGUGUCGAGGACUUCGAGCCGUACCUCAAGGCGAGCGUUGCGGACACAACUUGGCAGUUCUUUAGAAGCGGGGCAGACGGUGAGCAGACGCUGAGAGACAAUCCACUGGCCUUUCAGAGGUAUCGUCUUCGACCGCGAUGUUUGAGGGACGUGUCUCAACGAGACACCAGCGCCUCUAUACUCGGUCAUCGCUUGUCAUUUCCCGUUGGUGUGUCUCCAACAGCCUGUCAUGCCUUUGUGCAUCGUGAUGGAGAAGUUGCAACUGCAAAGGGAGUGUCCAAUGCUGGUUCUGCCAUGAUUCUGAGCAUGUGGUCCAACAGGAGCCUGGAGGACGUGGCUGCAUCAGUGCUGCCUGAUACGCCACUGUUGCUUCAGAUUAACCUCAUACGCGACGAAAGCAGACUGGAGGCGGUGAUCAGACGGGCCGAGGCAGCAGGCUUCAAAGCUUUGGUGGUAACGGUAGACCAACCAGUGGUGGGAAACAAACUUCACCUUAAAGGAAGGAAAAAAGAUUUGGACCCGACCUUUCCGCAACUUCUAUUGCCUGGAGAGGGUACUUUUACACCAGAGAAAGCUCAUGCAUUAGUUAAAGAGACAGAGUCACUGACCUGGAAAGACAUCUUGAGGUUGAGGGGAAUUACGUCACUUCCACUCGUGCUGAAAGGUAUUCUCACAGCUGAAGAUGCAAGAGAAGCUGUGAAGCAUGGUGCCGCUGGUAUCCUGGUGUCUAACCACGGUGGCCGGCAGCUAGACGGGGUACCAGCUACCAUCGACGUUUUGGCUGAGAUAGUUGACGCCGUUCGUGGCUCCAAUGUUGAGGUGUAUCUUGACAGCGGAGUACGUAAAGGCACCGAUGUCCUCAAGGCCCUUGCUCUGGGAGCACGAGCCGUCUUCGUCGGCCGACCGGCAAUCUGGGGUCUCGCUUACGACGGGGAGAAAGGAGUUGAAAAAGUCCUUGGGAUUCUCAAAGAAGAAUUUAGCCGGGCUAUGGCACUAUGUGGUUGUUCUUCACUAUCGGAUAUGACACCAGAUUUGAUUGUAAGGAUGCCUUACAACAAUUCAGAUGUGGAACUAUAGAAACCGCAUGGGACUCUCAUCCAUUCGAAUCGGAAAAACGUAGACCUAGCUGUGCUAAGCGUAAAGAAAGAAGCUUGCAGACUCCAUGACCGUACACUCUAAAAAGUCCCGGGUCAGACUUGACCCGGAAAAGAGUCAUGUGGGGCCUGACCCUUUUCUGGGUCAAAAAUGACAUUUUCUGGGUCAAAAUUACACUGUGUGACUCAUUUCGGGGUCAUUUUGACCCGAAAAAUGUCAUUUUUGACCCGGAAAAGUGUCUUUUUUCGACCCGGAAAAAGGUCAGGCCUCACAUGACCCUUUUACAGAUCAAGUCUGACCCGGGACUUUUUAGAGUGUACGGAAUAGCUUCAAGAAGAACAGACGAGAAAAGAACAAUAUAGAACUACUUACCAAAAAUGUCGAUACUUCCAGGUGGGGUUCCUCUUUCGGUGGAAGACUUUGAGACGCUUGUUGGCAGUAAGCACCUGUUAAUUUUGUUGUUGUU